AUGAGUACUACCACAAGUACUACUGUAAUAGAGAGUACUGCAAAACUAAUCGAAGACACGACAACUGUGCUUGCUGAAGUACUGACAAGUAGCACAGAAGGAGAAUCGAGCGACUGGAGAGUGGGAUGGUACAUUGUCGGGGGCGUUUUGGCGUAUUUGUUUGUGAUUGCAGUGAUUGUUUGGAUGUGUCUGGGCAGGAGCGGACCUGAUGUCAAAUGUCACCCUGCAGCUUGCUGUCAAUGCGAUUUUGCCUGUCUCAAGAGCUUGGAUUGCGAAGAUUGUGGCUGCUUCGAGAGACGAAAAGACACCAACUGCGACGUGUUUGCCGUUUGCGAAGGGUGCUGUUCCUGCUGCGAGACUGAUCCAGAAGCACCACCUCUUUGCGGAGACUUUUUGUGCGACUGUGACUGCCAAGAGUGCGAGGAGUGCUGCGUCCCCACCGAAGAAUUGGUCAAUCAAAGGGUUAAUAAUCUCACCGAAGACGAUCUGAUCGCCAUUCUACGGAACAAUCCUUCUUUUAGAAACAACAGCCAACUUCAACAAGCGCUCCAAAACUCCAGCCUCAAUCAAACUCCCCUCUCGCAACAACCACAAAGCUUCCAGCAGCACUCACAAAAUACGACUUCAAAUAUCGUCAACAACUUUACGACGCAAGGACUCAAUACUUCCAUCUGGACUACGCAUAACUUUCAAAAGAUGCUGCCUAAAUCUUCCUUGAAGCUGAACACUGCCAGUUACACAAUAAAAACAAGCUCAGAUGGCACCGUUGACGCCAAUUUCGGCGCUUCCAUUGGAAUCUACACUGCAAUUUGUCUCUUUUUGGUGAACGACAAAACUGUUGCCGCUUCAGUAUUUCAUAGCGGAAACAUAGGAAGUGGGCCAUUUCUAGUGCCCAUUGGAAUCCGGAAAAACGAGCGACCUUUCUACAACAAAAUUAAACGAAACGACUUUGGAUUUUUCAAUGCUGCUAAAUGA